UAGAACUGUCAUUUUAUUGUUCAAAUUCAACUUGCUAUUUAAUAUUUACUAACAAACAAAACAAACAUGAAUACUGGUAUCGGCAGUUGAUAACCUGCUUUUAUUUACAAAAGUGAUAUCAUUAUUUGAUAUUUGGUCACUAGUAUUGUUUGAUUUAAUCUUUAAGAACCACGUCGUAACUUAACCUAAACUUUUAUUAUAUUCCGAUAAGUUAAAUCAAGAUGAUAAACUGGAAUGCAAUUGGUGCAAUGAUCCUGCCUAACAUUGGUGGGUGGGCUGGAGCUAUAACCAUGACUGGUGAAGUUCGUUCAGCCAAUGGAACAUCCUGGUACGAAUCAAUUAACAAGCCCAGCUGGAAUCCACCAAACUGGGUGUUUGGUCCUGCGUGGACAGCUCUGUAUACUGGAAUGGGAUAUGCAUCCUAUAUGGUUUAUGAUGACUGUGGUGGAUUUACAGAUGAUGCAUUAAUACCCUUGGCAUUGUUUGGUGGUCAUUUGUUAAUAAAUUGGACAUGGACACCAGUCUUCUUCAAGUUUCAUCAGAUUGGUUUGGCUUUAAUUCACAUGUUCGUAUUGGACGCCGCUGCAACUGCUUGUACACUGAGCUUCUUCAGGAUUAACAAGAAAACACUAUAUUUCAUGGCCCCCUAUUUGUGUUGGCUUACAUUUGCCACCUGCCUUAAUUAUUCCAUCUGGCAACUUAACAAAGAUGACAGCAAAAACAAAUAGACGUUGAAUAUUUUCUUUACAUGAUAACUAAUAGAUGGAACUUGGAAAAUCGGGACUUUCUCUACAAUUAUAAAUAAACUUCGAUUGUUUCCGUACAAAGUUAAAUAAUAU